UUUUCGGCUAUACUCCUUAGAAUGGAUAUAUAGGAAUGAUCUUAACUUUCAUUCUCUCGGACCCGAUUUGCUACAUUAAUUUGACCGCGAUCGGCAUUCAUAUGAUUAAGCAUGGUCUGAUAUUCUCCAAAACCUUCAUCCUAAUAAGGAAGGCUAUUCGCACCUUGAUCGGAUUCAUCAUCUCGACCUGUGGAACAUUUACAAAAAUUUUUAUAUAAAGGAUAUGUUAAUUAAGGUAACUCUAUUUUUUACUUCUUGGUUAAUUCUAUUUAAUUUAUUAAUUCAUUUAUAUAUUUAACAAAAUGACUCAGAAAGAUGUUUAUAUCGCUGCUAUCGCAAGAACUCCUCUUGGAGGAUUUAAUGGAUCAUUAGCAUCACUCUCUGCUGUAAAAUUAGGUUCAAUUGCUGUUGAAGCUGCUUUAAAGAAAGCUAAAAUUGAACCUAAUAAUGUUCAAGAAGUCUUUUUUGGAAAUGUUCUUUCAGCCGGCCUUGGUCAAAAUCCUGCUCGACAAGUUGCUCUUGGUGCGGGAAUUCCUGAUAAUGUGAUUGCUACAACUGUCAAUAAAGUAUGUGCAUCUGGUAUGAAGGCCGUGAUUUUAGGUACUCAAACAAUUAUCACCGGUAACGCUGAUAUUGUUGUUGCAGGUGGUACUGAAUCAAUGACAAACACUCCUUAUUAUGUACCCAGUGCAAGAUUUGGAUCUAAAUAUGGAGACCAAACUCUUGUUGAUGGUAUUGUUAAAGAUGGGUUAACAGACGUAUAUAACAAUUAUCUUAUGGGUAUGGCAGCUGAAGAAUGUGCAAAUGAAUACAAAUUUUCUCGUGAUGAGCAAGAUGAUUACGCAAUUUCUUCUUAUCAACGUGCACAACAGGCUUUUGCCGAUGGGGUUUAUGAAAAUGAAAUUGUUCCUGUAACUGUUUCUGGAGGCAGGGGAAAGCCUAAUAAAGUCAUUACUCAAGAUGAUGAAAUUUCAAAUCUUAAUGUUGAUAAGUUACGUGCGGUUCGUCCAGCUUUUACUGAGAAAGGUUCAGUGACCGCACCAAAUUCUUCACCAUUAAGUGAUGGUGCCGCAGCUAUUGUUUUGAUUAGCGGUGAAAAAGUUAAAGAGUUAGGUAUAAAAACUUUAGCUAAAAUUAAUGGAUGGGGUGAUGCUGCUCAGACACCAUCUAAGUUUACAACAUCGCCUUCAUUAGCGAUUCCAAAAGCAUUAGCACACGCAGGAAAUAUUCCAAUAUCACAAGUAGAUUAUUUUGAAAUUAAUGAAGCAUUUUCAGUAGUAGCAUUGGCAAAUUUAAAAUUACUUGAAUUAAGUAAAGAUAAGGUAAAUGUAUUUGGAGGUGCUGUUGCAAUGGGUCAUCCGUUAGGAUGUAGUGGUGCAAGAAUAAUUUGUACUUUAAUUAGUGUAUUACAAAAUAAGAAUGGUAAAACUGGUGUAGCCAGUGUAUGUAAUGGUGGUGGUGGUGCUAGUGCAAUUGUCAUUUCAUUGCAAUGAAAAAUGGAUAAGAUGAUUAGUAUAUAUAAUAUUCAACUAAAAUUAUUUAAUUACGGAAGGAAAAUUUAAUAAAAUUUUAUUUUCAUAACAGCUG